AUGUCGUUCGCUAUGGCAUUUUGUUCAACGUCGUCGUUCCGUUGCCGUUUCGCGCUCUGCAAUCCGAAGCUGCAACCUCUCGUUUCAAUGUCGCUCUCUUCGAAGCUACCGUUGCAUUUUUUCGGCAACGCUCGAUUCAACCGCAACCAUGUCCACCACCACCCAACCUCUCUCAGAAUCCGUGCCUCAAACUCAACCUCUUCAUCGGGAAGUAGCACUAACCUCAUCUUACUGAGCUCCGCUGUCACGGUUACAACAGCGGUUGCGAAUCGCGUGCUUUACAAAUUGGCCCUUGUUCCCAUGAAAGAUUACCCCUUUUUUCUCGCUCAGUACGUUGUUAUAUAUUUCUCCAUCUUGUAUAUUCGGUAUCGGGCGAGAAUUGUAACCGAUGAGAUGCUGGCAAUUCCGAAAUUGCGCUUUGUCGCCAUUGGGUUUCUAGAAGCUCUGGGACUGAUUGCCGGAAUGUCUGCUGGAGCCUUACUUCCUGGACCAGUCAUACCCAUAUUGAAUCAGACUUUUUUGGUUUGGCAGCUAAUGUUUUCUACGCUUCUCUUGAGAAGAAGGUACACAAUCAAUCAAUUGGUUGGGUGCUUACUUGUAGCAGUUGGUGUUGUGGUGGCUAUUGCAAGUGGCUCAAAUACAGGUCAGAUGCUCUCUGAUGUUCAGUUCUUUUGGCCAGCAUUAAUGAUAAUUUCAUGUGCCUUUCAAGCUUGGGCUUCUGUAAUCAAGGAGUAUAUUUUCAUUGACUCAGCUACUCGAUUAAAGCACAAGUCACUGGACAUUUUUGUGGUCAAUUCUUUUGGAUCUGGGUUUCAGGCUCUUUUCGUAUUCCUGUCUCUACCUUUACUUUCAAAAUUGAGGGGCAUACCAUUUGCUGAACUUCCUUCAUAUUUUAAGAGCGGUGCUGGUUGCUUUCUGAACCUUGGAGCUGGUAAACCAAAUUGUGAAGGCGCUCCCCUACUUCCACUACUUUACAUAAUUACCAAUUUGGCAUUCAACAUAUCCCUGCUUAAUGCAGUAAAAACUUCUUCUGCAGUUGUAGCUUCUCUUUUGGUAAUGUUGUCAGUGCCAAUUUCUGUUUAUAUUCUUUCCCUUCCAUUACCAUAUCUUCCCGAGGGAACAAGCUUGAGCCCUUUCUUUUUGCUUGGCUGUGCAAUUCUUCUAUGUGGUCUUUUACUGUACAACAUGACCCGACCCGAGAGGAACAGCUCUGAAGUAGACUGA